AUGUCUAACUCAGAAGAGGACGAGAAACAGUUGCGCUCUUUUCAAAGGUACUUGUUGCAGGCCGAACGCGUGCUGUGCAUAGUUGGAGCCGGAUUAUCCCAGAGUUCUGGUAUACCAACAUAUCAGUUACAAAGAGGUUCAUGGAAAGGCUAUACAUCGCUGGAUCUUGCCACACCGGAAGCAUUCCAGGCUAACCCCGGUCUUGUAUGGCUCUUCUACUCGAAUCGAAGGUACAUCGCGAUGAGGGCAAAACCUAACCGGGGACACUACGCACUAGCUGAACUCUCGAGAAGGAUGUCUGAGAGAAACCGGAAUGCCCUUGUUGUUACACAAAACGUCGAUGGGUUACAUCGACGCGCAGAUCAACCGGAAGAAAAGUUGUGCGAAUUGCAUGGUAGUCUGUUCGAUUUACGAUGCACAUCGUUCUUUUGCACUUUUAAAGGAAGUAACACAAGAGAUCUAUUUCUCACCGCUAAACUACGAGAACAUACUCCUCGCGACGCCGGUGUCAAAAGACGUUAUAAAGCCGAAUUACAAGACUCGAAGCGUGCCAAAACCGGACCUAGCGGUUCCAUUCUCACAACUUCUCAUGAACACGAUGAAAGUCUAAGCUCUUCAGACUUCGAUCCACUCCCGCAUCUCGACGAAGAAACCCUCCCGCACUGUCCCAAAUGUCACGAGGGCCUUCUUCGCCCCGGCGUAGUAUGGUUCGGCGAACCUCUACCCUUACUGCAGAUGGACAAGGUUGACACUUUCUUCGCUGCGGGGAAUAAAGACAAUACCAGUCACAGUGACCUCGUACUAGUUAUCGGAACUAGCGGUAAGGUAUGGCCGGCAAUGGGCUAUGUCGAGCGCUGUAGGCAAAACGGAGGCCGCAUAGCCAUCUUUAACACCAAGAUUGACGAUAAGGACGCCCUUCGCCAGGAUAAAUCCUGCUGGGCCUUUGAAGGCGAGGCUGCAUACUGGCUACCGAGGGCUCUGGAGCCAAUCAUAGGACACAAUUUAGGUUCUACCAUGCGCCGUUGA